AUGUUGCAAUUACGGCACAUAAUUCGUUCAGAAGUACAAUUCUCUUUCGGGUCUUCUUCCGGAGCAAAACCUUACAGUGCGUCUUUAUGGUUGCUUGCGUAUGGCGCAUCUGAAGAUCAAGUGGAUGAGAUUGCUAAGAUUGGGAAAUCCACUAUCCUAGAGUGCUUGAUCAUAUUUUGUGACGAAAUUGAAACUAUCUACAUGAGGGAUUAUCUCUGCAAACCUACACCUAGGGACCUCCAAAUGAUUCUACAAAAAGACGAGCAAAUAGGUUUUCAAGGCAUGAUUGGAAGCAUCGACUGCAUGUACUGGCAGAGGAAGAAUUGCCCAACUGCAUGA